AUGCAUUUCGACACCGGUGACGGUGCUCGGCCUACACCUCAGGAUGAGGAGAACUACUGGCAUACCUUACGCAAGGCCGACGAAUGCGAAGAGGACCACUACAACGGCGAAUUCAUGCGCACGACUGCUGAUUUUCGUGAUCGCUUAGCCGCAUUGGACAUGCAAAAGAGGGAGCUGGAGCAGCGUGUCCUCGAAGUUCAUCAAGCGAUUGCUAGAGAGCAUGCGGGCUUAGAAAGGGUCACUUGCAAAUUUCAUGACGCCCGCCGCGUGCGCUACUUGGAAAGAGAGGCCAAGAUCCAAAGGACUCACGCUUGGUUCAACGCCAUUCACAAGAGGGACGACGAGAAUCGAGUCAGGAUCGCGGCUGCUGCACUCGCUGCUCCUCGACACCAUGUCGAACCUGCCGGCCCUCCACAACCCAGUGGCGUGGUCAAUGGAGAAGAGACCAAUGGUGUGAACACCAAUGGAGAGCCACAUGGCGAAAGCCAUACGCCACCGCCGACCUUGGAGCCGGUGACGAUGAUCAUGGACGCUUCUAACAAACGGAUCGGGCCUGUUCAUCGGAUUCCCUUCGUCGGAAAUAUUGCAGCCGCGCUGAACAAACCUGCCAAGCGCGCAGUACAGCUGCGUCCUGGUGUAUCGAUGACCGAACAUGACCUGCAGAGGCUCCACGACAACCAGGACCGAUGGGCGUCCAUCAUGAUGCAGGCUGUUGGCAACAUCCAAACCGAGGCAGGCCAAUGCAGCCUCUGCUCCCGAGGAGAAGGGCCCUUUGCGUACUGUGUCAUUGUCGAAGGGCUUGGAGCUUGCGGCAACUGCCACUGGGAGAGAAAGAAGACUGGCAGCUGCUCUAGCACUGUACAGCCAGCGGAGUCUUUUGCAUCCACCAUGUCUUCGGCAACACCACUCGCACAAGCUACCGGCGUUCGAGAUGAGGACUUGACGAACGGCACGGCCACUCCUGUGUCUCUCAGUCGCCCGGUUUCCCGGGACAAGAGUGUUGGACCUUCCUCGACCAUCGCCGACGAUGUAUGGGACCAAGAUCUCAAGCCCAUCACGCGGGAGAGCCUCAUUUUGAAGCACGACGGCAAGAUCUACACGCAUCCUGAAUGCAUGGAAGGCGUGCCUGUUGAGAAGAUUGACAAAACUCAUCCCUACUGGGACCCUUCUUGGGAGGAGAUUGCGCCGGAAGUUCAACGUUCGUUGGAAUCUUGGCAGACAAAACUUGACACUGCUUUACGCAGUGGGCAGAUGAAUAUGAAGUUUCAGCUCGGCCGACAAGUCAAUCGAGGCAACCGCAUCAUGGACUUCUUGGCCAUGGGGGAGUUUCACCCAUACCAGCUGGUGUCGAAAAAGUACAUGACGACGAAAGUGGCAAGUUACGACACCGUCUUUCGUCUGGCCGACACCAUAAGCACCUUGAAGAAGUGUGAAACACUCGACAUAACCCCGGCGGAAUGGCUUCGCCAGCGUCUGCACGAGAUCAUCAUCGACAACGGUGCAAACUUCAACCUGGGCAAGACGAUUCACGACUUUUACCACGAUCCAAAGUACCAGGCUCUACGGACCGCGAACGGUAUCAAAAGCAUUGGUCGGCCCUCUGGAGUGAAGAGGAUUCCGAAAGACUCGCCACAAUCGGCCAAGACAACUCCAAACGCCAAGAAACGCAGGAUGUUUGUCAGCGAGGAAACCCCUGUCUACUCGCAACAGCGACCGAUUGCACCUACGCCGACGCCGACGCUGCCUCACAUGGACGACUCGGAACGUAGUGCACCACCGACGCCGGAUCUUGCGAGGGCCACGAAGAAGCUCAAGAGUCGUCACGGCCCGAGCAAAGAUCCAGACCUUGCCUACGAGGGUUUCACUGACACCGACGAAUUCAGUGGUGACAUAAUCGGCAAGCAUGACUGGCAACUGAACAGGAUCAAAUCACGCCUGUAUACGGUGGGCACUGGUGUAACUCAGUACUGGCAUUGGAUUCCCACCGGUGGGGAGACGCUCUUCGAGCAUCAAGUACUUGCGGAAGGGGAAGGCGCAGCCUGGGGCAUUUACAGGAGGUCGAUUAACUUCCACUUGGAUCUGCAUGACAUCCAGGAGUUGAGGUUUUCGCCCGACACGGGCAAGGUUUUCGUCUCGUGUAAGCCCGACGUCGUGAUAUCGGAAGACGACAAACCUCGUGGAGACCUCAUCGCUGAGUUCAAGCGACCGCGAACGAAAAAGCGUUUCCUAGCCUUCUGUCGCAAGAAGAACGUGACGAUAACGAAAAUCGACGCGGACAUUAUCGAGAGGGCUUGGGAUGAAUAUGAGUCGCCCGACGUCCCUGCUAUGGGCAUCUCGGAUAUUUCUUAA